CGCGCGCAUCUUUUCGUUUUGUGUUUUGACGGGGAGGGGGGAGCUUUGAGUUGCGAUUGGCUGGUUGGCCCGGUGUCCGUCAUGCGCAGAGCGCGCGCGCUGCUCAAAGUUGGGGCGCGUCUGUCUCUCUUUCUCUCUAUCUCUCUCUCUCUGGAAGCGGAGCUGGCGAGGAUUGGGUGUUUACAAAACGAAGGAGGUCAGUGAUGGCAAAUGAAGGCACUCCUGUCCGACUAGGAGCCGUUAGUGUCCCUUAUGGGCAUGUGAUUGGCCAUGAAAAAUGGAAAGGCUCUCUGGUUGCUCAGGGGAUACAAGGGAAAGUUAAACUAAUUCUAGAAGAUGGCCUGGGAGUCGUAGACUUCCAUCUUUCAAACAGAUCCUGUGUCCUUUAUAUUUCUGAAGCAGACCUGGUUGCAGGAAAUGGCUUCAAAAGGAGACUUGUUCGCUUUAGAAACGCUUGCAAUCUCCAAGGAAUUGUUAUAGUUGAAAAAACCCAGAUAAGCGGACAGUAUUUUCCAGCAGUGCAAAAAUUUGUUGUGCUGGAACUUGGGAUGACGUUACUUCCGGUGGCAAGCCAAGAAGAAGCAGCACAGCUUAUUAUCCAGCUGGUGCAGGAGCAAACUAAAGAUCAAGCCAGCAACCCCUUUUUGGCUAAGAAAUGUCCCCAGCUCUUAGAGGCUUCUGUAUUCCAAACGGUUCAGCAGAUUCCGGGAGUUGGGAAAACAAAAGCUUUGCUUCUCCUGGAACGGUUUCAAAACCUCCACCAGCUUUGCAACGCAUCCGUCCAGGAGCUUGAGCAAGUAGUUGGACACGCCCUAGCCCAACAAAUCCAUGCGUUUUUUGCACAGGCAAAGUAAUCUCACCUGGUUGGGAAGGUGGAAGUGAACCAUGUACACCAUCUCAAGCUCCUUGCUCAAAGGACAAAGGUGGGUUAUAAACAUAGUAAAAACCUCCAUGUAGCCUGCAUGCUUGAACAGCGUCACAAACACAUUUUGGAUCUGGGUAGUGGCCUUGCUUGUUACCGCCAUGGCAGAUGGUUGUCGACUUUUGUCUGAAGUUACCUGAUGUAAGCCUUGUAUCUGUGACACAUAAGUAGCACGGCCAGGAUCCUAAGAACUGCAGCUGGUCCCAUGUGCCUAAGAAGGCUUUAUAUCAUUUUUCAAACAUCAACUUCCAUUUCCCAUAAUGAGCGUCCCCUGAAAUUGUGGGGGGUUUGCAAAAGCAGUUUGCAGGUCAAAAGAGCAAAUGAGAUUACAAAAAUUCCACUGAGUGCCCACCUGGAGCAGCUAUUUGGAUCUUAGCUACUUUUCCUUGGACAAGUCAAACCCUUCUAGUAUAGGAUGAAAUGCCCUGAACGUUGGGGUUAGGGUUAGACGGAGAAGCACUCUGCUCACAAAUGCUUAAGCAGUGAGUUCUCAAUUGUUUUUGGCUGCCUUUCACACCCCCUUUUUGCAAGAAGCUUCGGUUUUGUCUAUUUAUUAUUAUUGUAGGGAAAAACCACUGGGGGUCCAAGCCUCUGGAGGGUGAAGUGGUGCCUGGCCUAACUUUUGCAAACAUGAAGCCAGCAGUUGAGCUGCCAUUUUCUCCAACAGGGACAAGCAACUUAAGAAGAACCAUUGCUGUGGUUGCCUCAGACGACUCAUCAGAUCAAGGCUUCUGCUGUCAAAAUUGCCUGGGGAAAUAUAUUCUCGCAAGUGGUGCUAUGAAACCAACCCUUCCCGCCCCUGAGUUGAUCGCAAAUCUGUGAAGCCUUAUUUAUUGCUGUUGCGUCAACUUUCAUCCGCACCUGACCUGACCAGCUGCCAGGUUGCUUUUGCGUAAAUCAUCUUGUUUCAGGUGACAUGCUUGGAAACCGGCUGUCUUGGUGCAACCUGAAGAUCACUUUUCUGCCAGGCACCUGGGAUGCUGCCAACCUGAAACACGUAGGAGUGUCAGAGUUAAAAAGGGUGCCUGACUCAGACUUCCUCACCUGCCAGUGGCGUUCUGUAUGCUUUUCAGUGGAGUCAUGCUUUCAUGAAACUCAAAGGUUAUAACCAGGCCCUUCUGGGCAAGGCUCCCAGCCUGCUGUUCAGUUCUCUUCAGAGGAGGUGGACACCUGGGAGGACAAAUGGAAAGUGAUGCAUCUCUCUUGACUUUUUUACUGCCUGCAGUCCCAUUUUAAAGACAUCCCCUGUGGAUAUUCCUGCAUUUUGGAUAUGGAUGAAUCCACUAAUUUGGUUCCUGUCCCUUGCACAGUAUUUGCCAUUACAAGCACUCAAUUCUAGACAAGCAAAAAAAAAAGUUGUUUUGCUAAUUAAUUGUGUUUUCCAAUUAGUGGUCCUUUGUCGGUGGAAGGCAUCUGGUAGCUAAAUGGGGGAGGGAUGAAGUUUUCAGUUAUUCUUCCUGUGUGGCCUCCAGAUCUCCUUCAGAAGGUCCCCUAACCCUCUGGAGUGGAUACUUUGGGGUUGGGGGCUCCCAUGUCUUCAUCACAGGCACACAAAUUGGAGAAACUCUUAGUCUGUAGGCUGCCGACACAUUCUGUCUCCUCUGACAAGUUACCUGAUUCAGUAUUGCUUUUCAUCACUUUUGAGGGUCUUUUGGUUCAUUUGAAAAUUUCACUAAAAUUGCUUACUUUUUUUGCUAUUUUACUAACACCUUUAGUUUCACCUCAAUACAUGUGACUAUACUUGUUCAUGGUCUCCCCUCCUAUUACACUCUCCCGUCCCCUCUGAAUGCCCUCCCAAGUUGAGAUUUGGACGAAGACCCUUAUGUAAUUCUGUAAAAUAUGGUGUAUGGCUUUUAUAAAUGAAAAAUAAAAUAAUCACUAAAUGUUUUGCAAGUUCUAGGCACAAGAACCACA